UCAUAGAUGCAAGUUGAUUUAAUCGAUUUCCAAUCGCAGCCAGACGGCGAGUAUAAAUUUAUAUUAGUGUACCAAGAUCAUCUCACAAAGUUUGUUGUUCUCAGAGCACUAAAGUCUAAAACAGCUGAUGAGGUUUGUGAAAAUAUAAUAGAUAUUUUUACUUUGCUAGGCGCCCCAACAGUAUUGCAGUCAGAUAAUGGACGGGAAUUUGUGAAUAAAAUUAUUAAUGGAUUAGUUGAUUUUUGGCCUAAUUUUAAAAUUGUCCAUGGGAAACCAAGACAUAGCCAAAGUCAGGGCAGUGUCGAAAGGGCUAACCAGGAUGUGGAAAAUAUGCUUACCAUAUGGAUGCAUGACCACAAAUCUUCUAAUUGGAGCUACGGUCUGAAGUUUAUUCAGUUGAUGAAAAAUAGUGCUUUACACAGCGGCAUAAAAAGAACACCGUAUGAAGCCAUGUUUGGAUGUCCACCUAAGCACGGAUUAGCUACUUCCAGUAUCCCUACUGAAGCUUUAACAAAUGUAGAGUCUGAAGAAGAUCUUGAAGCCGUUAUUAGGGACAUUACUGUUAGUGGUGAGCACGAUACAGGUGAAAAUAUACAGGAAACCUCCAGUACACUUGAAAAUGAGGGUGAUUUGAGUGUUACAGAGAACAGCGAAGACCAACACUUAGAAGGUACUAGUUACCUUUUAACUGACCUGGACAAAUCAACUAUGGACAUUAAAAGACAACGAGAUGAAGCAUUCAAAUGCCUAACAGAUCAAGCAAAACGUAUGAAAAGUACAUCUGACCAUAAACUACAACCUGUUGACAAAGGUUGCACUGUGAGAGUUCCUGUUCCUGAUGUGGACCGAGGCCGAGGGGAUGCACGGUCAAUUCUUGGCGUUGUGUUGGAUGUAGUGGAUAAUGGAUUUUACCGCAUAGGAACCAGAGAUGGUGUUCUGAAACAGCUGUAUGCUCGAUCCCAGUUUAAUACUUGUCCAGUAAACAUUAUAAAAGAAGAUGAAAUUCCAAUGGAAAAGACACUUACUUUACGAACAGUUGCUACUACUCAGUCAACCGGAAGUGGGCAAGGAUUUUUUAAGUGCAGUUGUAACAAGAAGUGCCAAACAAAGAAGUGUUACUGCAUAAAAAACAAUGUUUUAUGCAAUUCCAAAUGCCAUAAAGCAUUAUCAUGUUGCAACAAAUAAUUUUAUUAUUGUUGA